UAGCGCGCAUGCGCACUAUGACCCCUGGCGUUGCGUGGUGCGGACAUACGUUGAGUUCGAUAUUUGGUGCUUGUGUGACGUUGUGUCGUGUUUUUUUCGUGUAUUCAAGGCCCCAUGAAGCGGCUGUCAUGCGCAUUGCGACAUUGAUUGCACUCGUGCAGCUGUCGCUCGCUACAGCUGUUUCAGAUGAUGCUAUUAACACCCUCACAGCGGCGGAGUUAAAUCUCCAAUUAUCCGGUGACAAUGCACUCUCACCAUUCUACGAAGCAAGCGCCGAAGAGACGGGGGUCAACUUUAUUAGAGGAUCCAGGGCUAUAGAUAGUCCCCUAUCCCCAGAAAUAAACGUCCAAUGUGGAUCCGAUUACAUCGAUGUCACUGUCGAGUUUCCUGAUAUCUACGAUGGUAUUAUAUACAGCAAAGGACAUCUUAACGACCCUAAGUGCAAAUAUGUUACCCUCGGCGGUAGUGAAUCUCAAUACUCGUUUAGAGUACCACUCAAUGGAUGUGGGUCCCGUCCGCUUUGUAAUGCUUGCGGCACCAUCGACAACAUCCUAGUUUUCCAAGCCGAUGACUUUGUUCAAGGACCAUUGGACUUCGCUAGAAAGGUAUCGUGUGCCAGCACAUCCCUUGAAGUGUCAGCAGGUGUUGGCAAACAAGAAGAGACACACACCCUUAAACUGAAGCCUUUCAUGGUGGACAUGCUGGAUGUGGUCGCAGUGCAGGGUCCUGGUGGUGGUGUCGAGUGCUGGAUGGAUAUACAAAAAGGAGUCUUCCCAAAUACUACUCCUCUCAAGGAUUCGAUCAAGAUUGGCGAGUAUCUUACCAUACUAGUGUACCUAAAAGAUGUCAGGAACCAGUUUAACCUUAAGAUACAUGACUGCUGGGCGUACGACAACGAAAAUUACGAUGGCCCUAAAACAAAUAAAAUACAACUGACCGACAAAGAAGGUUGUCCUAAAAAAAAGAAACUCAUUGAUCUCUGGCAAAAAUCAACAAACACAGGAAACAGCGGCGCCACAUUGAUUGCUUACAGCAAAGUCAGUGCUUUCAGAUUCCCAGAAACGGAUCAAGUGUAUCUCACUUGUAAUGUCGAGUUAUGUACAAAUAAUUGCGAUGCCAACUGCCAAGGAAUUACAGGUGAAAUCAGCACAACGUAUAGACCUCAACAGCAAUGUUACCCUGGUUCAUCAGAUCCUCGAUGUCAACAAAAACCUGAUUGUUAUCCGGGAUCCCAAGAUCCACGUUGUCCUGGAACGUCGUCAACUGCACGUCCUACUUGUUAUCCUGGUAGUACUGACCCGAAGUGUUCAAAAUCAACAACGCCCUCUCUACUGAAUUGUUAUCCUGGAAAUACCGACCCAAGAUGUCCAAAACUAACUACACCUUCCCCACCUAACUGUUAUCCUGGUAGCAUAGACCCAAGAUGUCCUCAACCAACAACCACAGGUCGUCCGAACUGCUAUCCAGGUAGCGCAGACCCAAGGUGUCCCCAAUCCAUAACUACUCCUCGUCCAAACUGCUACCCAGGUAGCACAGAUUCAAGAUGUCCAAGACCUUCAACAACUUCUCAGCCUACUUGUUAUCCUAGCAGUACAGACCCAAGGUGUCCAAAACCAACUACACCUUCUCAAACUAACUGCUAUCCUGGCUCGCCAGAUCCUCAAUGUUCUAUAUCAACUCAAACAACAAAAGGUUCUUGUUUCCCAGGAUCUAAUGACCCCAGUUGUCCCAAAACGAUCACUCCAACAACUCCAGUGUCUCCUAAUUGUUUUCCUGGAACAACAGAUCCUCGCUGUCCUAGCCCAUUUACUACAACUCCUAAAGUCAAUUGUUAUCCUGGUUCCACAGAUCCAAAAUGUCCAAAACUAACAACACCAUCCCAACCCACCUGUUUCCCAGGCAGCACAGAUCCCAGAUGUCCAAAACCUACAACUCCUUCUCAACCCAACUGCUACCCAGGUAGCACAGAUCCAAGAUGUCCAAAACCAACAACGCCCUCUCAACCUAACUGCUACCCAGGUAGCACAGAUCCAAGAUGUCCAAAACCAACAACUCCUUCUCAGCCCAACUGCUACCCAGGUAGCACAGAUCCAAGAUGUCCAAAACCAACAACGCCUUCUCAACCUAACUGCUACCCAGGUAGUGCAGAUCCAAGAUGUCCAAAACCAACAACACCUUCUCAACCUAACUGUUAUCCUGGAUCUCCAGAUCCUAACUGCCCAAAGCCAUCGCAACCUUCCACACUUACACCGUCUACUUAUUUACCACCAUCGACGUCACAACCAAAAUGUUUCUCCGGAUCUAGUGAUCCUCGUUGUAUAAACUGUUACCCAGGCAGCUUAGAUCCACGUUGUCCUCAAAUAACUACAACUACAUCUAAACCAGUCUGUUAUCCGGGCUCUCCUAAUCCAAAUUGUCCACAACCAUCUCGUCCCACUACUCUAAAUCCUCCUACCUACCUUCCACCAUCUACAACGGGUAUCAAGUGUUAUCCAGGAUCCUCAAAUCCCAAAUGUACUCAAUCAACUACACUGCGCCCCAACUGCUACCCUGGCAGUACAGACCCAAGUUGUUCUCAACCAACAAUAACGGUUCGUCCUAAAUGCUAUCCUGGUAGUACCGACCCAAGGUGUCCUCAGCCAUCAACCACAGCUCGUCCCAACUGUUAUUCUGGUAGCACAGAUCCAAGGUGUCCUCAACCAACAACUACAGGUCGUCCAAACUGCUAUCCUGGUAGCACAGACUCAAAUUGUCCUCAAACAACAACUACUUCCCGUCCAAACUGUUACCCUGGCAGCACAGAUCCAAGGUGUCCUCAACCAACAACUACAACUCGUCCGAACUGCUAUCCUGGUAGCAAAGACCCAAGAUGUCCUCAACCAACAACUCCAGCUCGUCCCAACUGCUAUCCUGGUAGCACUGACCCAAGAUGUCCUCAAUCAACAACUACUCCCCGUCCAAACUGCUACCCAGGCAGUACAGAUCCAAGAUGUCCACAAACAACAUCACCUUCUCAACCCAACUGCUACCCAGGUAAUAAAGAUCCAAGGUGCCCUCAACCAACAACCACAGCUCAUCCAAGAUGUCCAAAACCAACAACACCUUCUCAACCCAACUGCUACCCAGGUAGUAGAGAUCCAAGGUGCCCUCAACCAACAACAACAGCUCGUCCCAACUGCUAUCCUGGUAGCACAGAUCCAAGAUGUCCCCAACCUACAACUACUCCUCGCCCAAACUGCUACCCAGGCAGCACAGAUCCAAAAUGUCCAAAACCAACAAUACCUACACGUCCAAACUGCUACCCUGGUAGUACUGAUACAAGAUGUUCUAAGUCAACAACUCAAAAACCAAUAUGUUAUCCAGGCUCACCUGACCCUAAUUGCCCACAAGUAUCUCGACCUACUACAUUAACGCCUCCUACUUAUUUACCGCCAUCAACAUCACGACCAAAGUGUUACCCAGGUUCUACUGAUACUCAGUGUUCUCAACCAACAACCACAUCUCGUCCUAACUGUUAUCCUGGAAGUACAGAUCCCAGAUGUCCACAAUCAACAACUAUACGUCCCAAAUGCUAUCCAGGAUCUACAGACCCUAACUGUCCCAUAUCGACAACAUCAACUCGCCCCAAUUGUUACCCUGGUAGUACAGAUUCAAGAUGUUCUCAACCGUUAACUACUGCUCGUCCUAACUGUUAUCGCGGUAGUACUGACCCAAGGUGUCCAAAACCAACACCGCCUUCUCAACCUAAUUGCUACCCAGGUAGUACAGACUCAAGAUGUCCUAAACCAACCACACCUUCUCAAUCUAACUGCUACCCAGGUAGCACAGACCCAAGGUGUUCAAAACCAACAAUACCUUCUCAACCUAAUUGUUACCCGGAUAACACAGAUCCAAGAUGUCCAAAACCAACAACGCCUUCUCAACCUAAUUGCUAUCCUGGCAGCACAGACGUAAGAUGUCCGCAACAAACAACUACAGGUCGACCCACUUGCUAUCCUGGUAGCACAGAUCCAAGAUGUCCUCAAUCAACCACCCAAAAAGCUGUAUGUUACCCUGGCUCUCCUGACCCUAAAUGUCCACAACCAUCUAGGCCUACUACAUUAACGCCUCCUACAUAUUUGCCGCCACCAACAUUAUCAACAACAACAUCCCGCCCCAAUUGUUAUCCUGGUAGCACAGACCCAAGGUGUCCCCAACCUACAACUACUCCUCGUCCAAGCUGCUACCCAGGUAGCACAGAUCCAAGAUGUCCAAAACCAACAACGCCUUCUCAACCCAACUGCUAUCCAGGUAGUACAGAUCUAAGGUGUCUUAAACCCACAACGCCUACCCAACCCAACUGCUAUCCAGAUAGUACAGAUCCAAGAUGUCCUCAACCAACAACUAUAGCCCGUCCCAUCUGCUCUCCUGGUAGCAUAGAUCCAAGAUGUCCCCAACCUACAACUACUCCUCGACCAAACUGCUACCCAGGUAGCACAGAUCCCAGAUGUCCAAAACCAACAUCGCCUUCUCAACCCAACUGCUACCCAGGUAGCACAGACCCACGAUGUCCAAAACCUACAACACCUUCCCAACCCAAAUGCUAUCCAGGUAGUACAGAUCCACGAUGUCCAAAACCCACAACACCUUCUCAACCCAACUGCCAUCCAGGUAGUACAGAUCCAAGGUGUCCUCAACCAACAACUGUAGCUCGUCCCAACUGCUCUCCUGGUAGCACGGACCCAAGGUGUCCCCAACCUACAACUACUCCUCGUCCAAACUGCUACCCAGGUAGCACAGAUCCAAGAUGUCCAAAACCAACAUCGCCUUCUCAACCCAACUGCUACCCAGGUAGCACAAAUCCACGAUGUCCAAAACCCACAACUCCUUCUCAACCCAACUGCUAUCCAGGUAGUACAGAUCCACGAUGUCCAAAACCCACAACACCUUCUCAACCCAACUGCUAUCCAGGUAGUACAGAUCCAAGGUGUCCUCAACCAACAACUACUCCUCGUCCCAACUGCUACCCUGGUAGCACAGAUCCAAGAUGUCCAAAACCGACAACACCUUCUCAACCCAACUGCUAUCCAGGUAGUACAGAUCCUCGAUGUCCAAAACCCACAACACCUUCUCAACCCAACUGCUAUCCAGGUAGUACAGAUCCAAGGUGUCCUCAACCAACAACUGUAGCUCGUCCCAACUGCUCUCCUGGUAGCUCGGACCCAAGGUGUCCCCAACCUACAACUACUUCUCGUCCCAACUGCUACCCUGGUAGCACAGAUUCACGAUGUCCAAAACCCACAUCGCCUCCCCAACCCAACUGUUAUCCAGGUAGUACAGAUCCAAGGUGUCCUCAACCAACAACUACAGCUCGACCCAACUGCUAUCCUGGUAGCACAGACCAAAGGUGCCCUCAACUAUCAACUACUUCUCGUCCAAACUGCUACCCAGGCAGCACAGACCCCAGAUGUCCAAAACCAACAACACCUUCACAUCCUAAUUGCUAUCCUGGAAAUAAAGAUCCCAAAUGUCCUCAAACCUCUACUCAGAAGCCAACAUGUUAUCCCGGCUCACCAGAUCCAGGUUGUCCGCAACCCUCUCGUCCAACUACAUUAACUCCCCCCACGUAUUUGCCACCAUCGACUUCAAGGCCUAAUUGUUACCCAGGAUCAACUGACAUCAGAUGUCCUCAAGCAACAACCACACCUCGUCCCAAAUGCUAUCCAGGAUCUACGGACCCCAAAUGCCCAACACCCGCGACAUCAUCUCGCCCAAAGUGCUAUCCUGGUAGCACAGACCCAAGAUGCCCUCAACCAACGACUACGCCUCGCCCCAGCUGCUAUCCUGGUAGCACAGAUCCAAGGUGUCCCCAGCGAACAACCACAACUCAACCAACAACUACUUCUCGUCUUAACUGCUAUCCUGGUAACACCAACCCAAGGUGUGCCCAACCAACAACUACUCCUCGUCCAAACUGUUACCCUGGUAGCACAGACCCAAGAUGUCCUCAGCCAACAACUACAGCUCGUCCUAACUGCUAUCCUGGUAGCAAAGACCCAAGGUGCUCCCAAACAAUCACGACUCCGCGUCCUAACUGCUAUCCCGGCUCACCAAACCCUAAUUGUCCACAACCAUCACGUCCUACUACACUGAUUCCUCCUACUUAUUUACCGCCAUCAACGUCAAGGCCUAUUUGUUAUCCAGGAUCUUCAGACUCUCGUUGUCCGAAACCAACAACCACAUCUGGCCCCGACUGUUAUUCCGGUAGCACAGACCCAAGGUGUCCUCAACCUACAACUACUCCUCGUCCAAACUGCUACCCAGGCAGUACAGAUCCAAGAUGUCCAAAACCAACAACACCCUCUCAACCUAACUGCUACCCAGGUAACACAGAUCCAAGAUGUCCAAAACCAACAUCACCCUCUCAACCUAGCUGCUAUCCAGGUAGCACAGAUCCAAGAUGUCCGCAGCCAUCAACCACAGCUCGUCCCAACUGCUAUCCUGGUAGCACAGAUCCAAGGUGUCCUCAACCUACACCUACUCCUCGUCCAAACUGCUACCCAGGCAGUACAGAUCCAAGAUGUCCAAAACCAACAACACCCUCUCAACCUAACUGCUACCCAGGUAGCACAGAUCCAAGAUGUCCAAAACCAACAUCACCCUCUCAACCUAGCUGCUACCCAGGUAGCACAGAUCCAAGAUGUCCUCAGCCAUCAACCACAGCUCGUCCCAACUGCUAUCUUGGUAACACAGACCCAAGGUGUCCUCAACCUACAACUACUCCUCGUCCAAACUGCUACCCAGGCAGUACAGAUCCAAGAUGUCCGAAACCAACAACGCCUUCACAAACUAACUGCUACCCAGGUAGCACAGAUCCAAGAUGUCCAAAACCAACAUCACCCUCUCAACCUAGCUGCUACCCAGGUAGCACAGAUCCAAGAUGUCCUCAGCCAUCAACCACAGCUCGUCCCAACUGCUAUCCUGGUAGCACAGACCCAAGAUGUCCAAAACCAACAACGCCUUCUCAACCCAAGUGCUACCCAGGUACUACAGAUCCAAGGUGCCCUCAACCAACAACCACAGCUCGUCCCAACUGCUACCCUGGUAGCACAGACCCAAGAUGUCCAAAACCAACAACGCCUUCUCAACCCAACUGCUAUCCAGGUAGUACAGAUCCAAGGUGUCCUAAACCCACAACGCCUACCCAACCCAACUGCUAUCCAGGUAGUACAGAUCCAAGAUGUCCCCAACCAACAACUGCAGCCCGUCCCAUCUGCUCUCCUGGUAGCACAGACCCAAGGUGUCCUCAACCUACAACUACUUCUCAUCCAAACUGCUACCCAGGCAGUACAGAUCCAAGAUGUCCGAAACCAACAACACCUUCACAAGCUAACUGCUACCCAGGUAGCACAGAUCCAAGAUGUCCAAAACCAACAUCACCUUCUCAACCUAGCUGCUACCCAGGUAGCACAGAUCCAAGGUGUCCCCAACCUACAACUACUCCUCGUCCAAACUGCUACCCAGGCAAUACAGAUCCAAGAUGUCCACAACCAACAACACCUUCUCAACCCAACUGCUACCCAGCCAGUAGAGAUCCAAGGUGCCCUCAACCAACAACCACAGCUCGUCCCAACUGCUAUUCUGGUAGCACAGACCCAAGAUGUCCGCAGCCAACAACCACAGCUCGUCCCAACUGCUAUCCUGGUAGCUCAGAUCCUAGAUGUCCUAAAACAACUACUCAGAAACCUGUAUGUUACCCUGGAUCACCAGACCCUAAUUGCCCACAACCACCUCGACCUUCUACAUUGACACCACCUACUUAUCUACCACCAUCAUCUUCACGGCCUAACUGCUAUCAAGGAUCUACAGAUCCCAGGUGUCCUAAACCAACAACUUCACAGCCCAACUGUUAUCCAGGUAGUACCGAUCCUAGGUGCCCUAGACCCACACCUUCGAAGCCAAUAUGUUAUCCAGGAUCACGUGAUCAUAACUGCCCUCAGCCAUCUCAACCAACAACUACAGUACCUCCAAUAUAUUCUUCGACUAUUCAAAAUUGUCUCCCAGGUUCAACAGAUCCACGUUGUCCUAAAACACCAACAACGUCAGUUACAGUUCCACCAACUACUCUACCACAAUGCUAUCCUGGUUCUACAGAUCCUAGAUGUUCUAAAACAAGUCCGCCUAAACCAGUAUGCUAUCCAGGAUCUCCUGAUCCAAAUUGUCAAGAACCGACAAGACCUUCAACUGUAACACCUCCCCGACCUACAUCUAGACCUAACUGUUAUCCAGGUUCAUCGGAUCCUAGGUGCCCAAAAUCAACACCACAAUCCCCUACUUCUACUCCUAGUUCAUGUUAUCCCGGGUCCAGAGACCCUAACUGUCCUCAGCCUUUCCGACCUAGUAGCACUAAUCCUCCAUCUACGUACCUUCCCCCAUUCCCAGCAGAGAAUGAAGUAAAGUCACCUAGAGUUGGAAGACUAGCUUCUAAGAAUAUUGAUUAUUAUGACGAAUCACAGUCAGAAAUUGAUAACUUCGAAUUUGCUAGAACGAAACCACGUUCAAGACCCGUAAGAGACGUGAGCCAUAUAAAUGAAACUAUCGCCCCUUCUGUUAGUGGAUCAGCUCUUAUAUUUUUAUCAGUCGGCUCUGUCGUCGUCUUGGCACUGUCGCUAACGAUCGCUGUUCAUCUUUACAGAAGAUAUAAAAAAUCCGUCACAAUAAAAAAUAAUAGCGCUCAAAGUAUUUGUUAAUAAAGGUACAUCAUAAUUUACCAGUAAUAUUGUGAUAUUAUAACUUUAAUUUACAUUGCAAUUCUCUCGAAUUGCCAAGUGGCAAACAUUUAGCACUAAAUAUUGAUGCUGCCUAGUAAGAAUUACCUAUAUUUUAUUCUUAGUAAUAAUUUUAUUGUCUAUGUGAACUAUCACUGCCUUUUAGCUUUUAAAUAAAACAGGCUCUAAGCUAGUAUGCCUAUUUUAUAUAUAUAAAAUAGUGCCAUAAAUAUAACCAGUUUGAACAUCCUCUGAAAUUGUAUAUUUUUCAUUCCCUAGUCAAAGUACAAACAUAUUAUUAAUUAUUAUACUUUGUAUAUUUUCCAAAUAUGGUAUUAUGUACUUGUAUAAUAUAUGAGAAAAUGAUAUUAAAUAUAAUAUCUACAUUGUGAUAACUAUUUGUAAAUAUAUGUUUGUCAGUAUGUCGAUGUGGCCAUUCAAUGUAUAGAAAUAUGUUCAUAAUAAUUGAUUAUUUUAAAAUUGUGUUUCUUUUGAUUACGUGUGCAUUUUGUGAUGUAGAAAAGAUACGAGUACAAUAAAUUAACGAAUAACUGCUUUUUAUCGAAUUAACUACAACACAAAAUGUAUUGAAAAUCAUAAU